UGUGUGCAUAUAUAUGUAUGUAGUGUUAUAUAUGGGGAGAUGUUAGAGGCGGGGUCCCUGUGUGUGAUGGAGCCGUCUGCUGGAGCCUCAGUGAUGGCGGCCCUGACGUGGGGAGCCCGGUGGCUCACCUCUACUCGCCUCAAUAUGAGGUUUACUCUACUACUGCUGCUUACUUGGAUCAUUAGUGUUAGUGCUCUUGCACAAGAAUAUGAAGAUAAUGAUUUUGCUGAAUUUGAAGUAUUUGAAGAGGAGGAUGAAAUAACAGUUGAAGAAGGAAAUGAGGGAAAUGAUGAGGGAUUAUCACGUAGUGGAGGGAAACAAGACGGUGGUGAAACAUCUGCUGGAUUACGGAUGGAUGUGGAAGAGGAUGAAGAGGAGGCAGUUGUAGAGGAUGAAGAUGAGAAUGAUGAAUUCAGCCAUUUUCAUGAUGAAGAGGAAUUUAUCGGGUUCGAUAGUGAGAGACCUCAGGGUGCUCGUGUGCCUAAAUCACAAGAGGAGCCAAAGAUUACUAUUGCUAAUGUUCCUCUUCAUCUUCGGAGCAAUUGGGAUAGCUUCUAUUUGGAGAUGUUAAUGAUUGCUGGGCUAGUUGUGUAUUUCAUAAACUUUAUUGUUGGUAAAUCCAAAAACCAGAAGUUGGCAAACACAUGGUACAACUCCCAUAAGAACCUUCUUGACCAAAAUUUUGCUCUCAUUGGUGACGAUGGAAAACAGUCUGUAGAGAAUGGUGGUUUGCAGAAAGAAUCGGAAAAUGUCUACACACUCUGGUGUUCUGGACGUACCAGUGUGGAGGGAAUGCUGGUUGAACUUAAAUUUAUCAAGAGACAAGAUAUGAUUGGUGUGGUGUCACAGUUGAUCCGUCCCUCAAGUGAUCAGUUACUUGUUAAAGUUCAUCUUGAUGAAAUGGAUGCAUUUGUCUUUGCCCUUGCCACAAAAAAAACAGCUGCAAAAUUGUCAAAGGAGAUGACUGAUAUAAGUACCUUUUGUCCAGAGAAGAAGUCAGCUGAGAAGUUUGGCCUUGGAUCGCAGUUUGUGAUUAUGAAUGAACUUGGAGAAGUGGCAUCAACAGUGCUAGGUGACCCCAAAGUGACAGCAGUGCUCAAUAAAUUCUCUGGAAUGAUAGACUUCUUCCACUUUUCAGAUCAGUACUCAGGACCCAAGCAGCCAGAAGACACCCAGCCAACCAAACUGCCAGAAGUUCGAAGGUCAUUAGUGUUUGGCUUCAACUUUCCUGGACGUGGUAACCCCUCAUUGGAGGCCAUUGAGAGCAUGCGGCCGCUGCUGCAGUUGGUAUUUCACCUGACUGACAAAUUGCGCAGGUUCAAGCUAAGCAAAGAGGGCAGAGCAAAGGCAGAAAAAAAUCGCUCACGAGUGGAGGAGGCCUUCCUGAAGGCUACCCAUGCUGCUCGGGCAGAGAUGGCUCAGGCCAAGAGAGAAGAACGGAAGAGAAUGGAGCGGGAGAAGAUGCUGGAGAUUGAUGACCCAGACAAGCAGCGUAAAUGGGAGGAGCGUGAGCAGCGGCGGCAAAUGAAACGACGUGCUCCUAAGAUGAAGCAACUGAAGACCUCGUAAGGUGUUGUGAUAUGUGAGGACGAGUGCAAAAAAUGUUGUAAACUUUUAUGUAAUUAUCGUCUCAAAUCAUUACUUUCAUUGUCAUAUCUUAUCAGGUGUGAUAUAAAUAACUUGGGUGCCAUCCCUGUCAUUUGUGUGCAGUGUACACUGACAGGUCUUAGAAUUUUUAGUCCAUCUGAGACUGGUACAUUAUUGAUAACUUAGUUUCCAAGUCUUCUACUUGGAAUGUAUUGAUCAUUAUGCAGUAUUAUAGAUUUGUACACUCAUUAGGGUCCAUAAACACAGUUUUCAGUAGUGUUACCAUGAGAGAUUUUAGUUAUGGGGUCUCAUUAAAAUGGUAAUCUGGCCUUGAGUUAUUCAUACCUGUGAUACAUGUAUAGAAGUUGGUACAUACAUGCUGUGCUGAUGCUUCUGGUAUUGUUGGCUGUCGUUAUGUAAUGUAGGUAUCAUCAUUUUUGUUACUCAUUCCUAUUAAGUUUAUCUUAAGAUCAGUUAUUAGUCAGAAUAAUAUGGUGAAAUAUAUGCAAUAUAUAAGGGUAGUUAUAUAAUGCCUAUUUUGUUGAAUUUUUAUGUUUGUUUAUAAUACUGGUAACUUUAUUAUUUUCUUAGGUGUUUAGAGAGAAGUCUAAUCAGUUGCAAUAGGAUUGUUUAAGCCUGUUUAUUGUGUUAAACAUUUUCGUUUUUUUGUGAACGUUUUUAUGUUAAUACUUUUGGUCAACAUUGAAAUAAAUGUUUUUAAAAGAAUUGCUUCCAUAGAAUAUAGUUUGUAAGGGAAGUGUAAUGAGUAAUUAAUUUAGCCUGUAAUUUACCAAUCCUGUGUAUUGGUUGAAAUAUGGUCUCUGCACCAUUGGAGAUUUUUAAAGAUCAAUUGGAAAUAU